UAAAAGGAGGAUCGGAUCCCGGGUACCCCAUCAAUCUGAUCAACCAGCGAUAGGUACUGUGUACCGUACAAAAGUCUUCACGAACAGCUGAGGAAAGUUACUCAUCAUGAAGCUUCUUAUCGUUUGCCUGCUGGUAGCAGGAACACUGGCUGUGCCAGUCAAGAAGAGCAAGGAAGACAUCUUCAAGUGUGAAGAGGAGAGAAAUAGAUUUAAGGAAGGAGUGAGGUACAGCUACAAGUACGAGGGCGAGGUCAGCAGCGGCAUUGUCGGCCUCUCCGAAGACAGAACCGGCCUGAAACUCAAGUGCAAUGUCCAAGUCGAGGUUCCGGAGUCCUGCGAGCUUCUGCUGCGUACUGAGGGCUGCGUGCUGGAGGAGCUGGUGCGCCCCGAACAGUACCAGAAGGCGCCCAACUCCCGCCAGUUCUCCCUCGCCAUGUCCGAGCGCCCGCUCUACUUCCGCAUGACCCGCGGAGAGGUGUACGGCGUGUACCCCAGCACUGAGGAGCCUCUGAAUAUCCUGAACAUUAAGAAGGGUAUCCUGAGCUCCCUGCAGGUCCAGCAGGUGGAGGAGCCCGCCAGGGUCCACCAGUCCCGCAACACCACCGUCAACGUCACUGACAUCCACGGCAACUGCUCCGCUAACUACACCGUCUACAAGAUGAAGCAGGGACGUACCGUUUACAACGUCAGCAGGGACCUGAGCAACUGCACCCGCCCCAACAAGACCAUCACUGAACUGUCCCCUCUGUCCAUCCUCAAGAACAUCAGCAGGCAGGUGGAGAACAACCUGAACUCUACCCAGAACUGCAGUUACGAGAUCGACCGCAAGGGCCAGAUCCGCGAGGUCUACUGCCUGGAGCAGUACACUGUCCUGCCCCUGUCAUCUAACCAGAGCCGCCAGGGGGUGCAGACCAACAUCACCGUGGUGCUGAAGAAGGGAUCCACCGAGACCAUGAACAGCAAGAAGAUCGACACCUCUCUGGAGGGCCGCCGUGUGUGCAACCUGACCUACGAGUUCGAGAACAUCACCGUUCCCUCCAACACCUCCAUCAACACCACCCUGGACAUUCUCAUCCAGCUGGUCAACACCACCAAGAACACCACCCAGCUCAACUCCACCAUCCUGUUCGACCGCUUCGUGGCUUCCCUGCGCAGCCUGAAGAACGAGUCUCUGUUCGAGCUGUUCCCCAUCAUCUACCAGAACCAGACCGGAAACUUCUCCUGCAACUCCACCCAGCAGCUGGCUCAGGACUACCUCGUCCAGGCCCUGCCCCAGUGCGGCUCCGUGCCCUGCAUCUCCCUCAUCAGCCACGCCAUCAUGAACGGCACCAUCAACGGCACCACCGCCGACCUGCUCAUGUACAGCCUGGCCUUCAUCACCGAGCCCACUCUGCCCAUCAUCAACGAGACCCUGAAGGUCGCCAAGCUCAACCGCACCCGCCCCGCUCUGCUGUCCCUGUCCACCCAGAUCUACAACUUCUACCAGAAGAACCAGACCGCCCGCGAGGUGCGUGAGAUCCCCCAGUGCAUCCGUGAGUCCAUGGACAUGCUGCUGAACACCAUCAGCUUCGACUGCUCCCCUCUCACCAACAUGGCCAACAACCCCCGCGUCGCCAUCCAGGAGCAGGAAGACAUCCUCGUCGCCCUGAAGGCCAUCAGCAACAUGGGCUACCCCGUGCAGAAGCUGGACAAGGAGCUCCGCAAGGACUUCCGCAUCGUCCCCACUCUGGUCCGCUGCGCCAAGAACCCCGUCGUCCCCCGCAACAUCUCCCUGGCCGCCAUCCAGGCCGUCCGCCGCAUGGAGUUCACCCCUGAGGUCCGCCGUGAGCUGCAGACCAUCGUGACCGAGCCCGAGCAGGAUGUUGAGCAGCGCAUCGCCGCUUACGUCAUGCUGAUGAAGAACAUCACCAAGCCCGACCUGGUCCAGAUCCUGCGCACCCUGCAGCACGAGCAGGUCAACCAGGUUCGUUCCUUCAUCUCCUCCCACCUGCUGAACAUCCGCCGCUCCGAGCAGCCCGCUGUCCGCCCCCUGCGCCAGCUGGUUGAGGAGACUGUCCGCGAGGAGAGGAUCACCCUGCCCGAGCAGGAGGAGGAGGCCAUGAAGUUCAGCAAGAACUACCAGUACAACCAGGAGAUGUACGUGCCAUACACCAACAUCUCUUGGAUCAACCGUCUGCUGACCAACGUGGUGUACCACCCCGAGAGCCCCCUGCCCCGCCAGAUCGCCUUCAACUACACCCUGGAGGCCCUCGGCAUGCCCGUCAACCUCUUCGACCUGACCUUCGACAUGGAGGGUCUGGAGAGCUACGUCGAGACCAUCUUCGGCCAGAAGGGAUACUACCCCGACGAGACCCUCAAGACCGUCCUGAAGAAGAAGCAGCAGCCCAAGAAGUCUCCCCUGGCCAACAACGUCUUGGAGACCCUUGAGGAUCUCCACAAGGAGGUCCGCCAGGAGCGCGCCUACCCCCAGGCCUCCUCCACCCUGAGGAUCCUCGGCAACGAGUUCGGCUUCGUCACCCUGGAGCAGCUGAUGAACCAGACCAUCUUCAAGCAGAACCCCAUCAAGAUCCUGGACACCCUGUCCCGCGGCAUCCAGAAGAACUACACCGCCGCCUGGAAGUUCGUGGAGGCCCGCUACACCCUGCCCACCAUCAUGGGUCUGCCACUCAACAUCAGCACCAACGGUACCCUGGUGGCCCGCGCUGACGUCAACAUCACCGCCGACCUGAAGAAGAUCUUCACCCAGCCCCGCGAGGCUGCCAUCAAGACCAAGGUGAUCCCCAGCGCCACCGUGAGCAUCGUGUCCCGCAUGGUUGUGGACUGCCCCCUGUACAGCACCGUGGGUCUGCAGAUGAACGACACCCUGUACCACUCCUCCAACAUCUCCGCUAACGUCACCCUGAAGAACGGCGAGCUCAGCUUCCACCUCAACAACACCGCCGGACCCGUGCAGGUGAUGAACUACAGCCGCGAGAUCUACCUCAUCCGCCCCCGCGAGAACAUCACCGAGAUCCGCGUCCCCAGGACCAACUCCACCAGCUUCAAGAACUGCACCAACACCACCAACGUGCUGGGCGUCGAGCUCUGCUUCACCGGCGAGAUCGUCAACGGCACCUACCGCAACGUCUCCCACCUCAUCGGACAGGUCAAGAGCCUGAACGUCACCAUCGUCCCCACCGACAAGAACCUGACCACCUACUCCGUGGCCAUGAAGUACGAGCAGAUCAAGCAGCGCGUGCAGCAGCCCGAGAAGCCCCGCAAGCAGCUGUGGCGCACCCGCUUCAGCCAGGACCCCAAGCAGUUCAACUUCAUCGAGUCCAUCCGCGUCAACUUCUCCGCCCCCGGCCAGAACUACACCCGUAACGUCACCUCCCUGUUCCAGCUGAACCGCAACACCACCGAGCUGCUCUGGAACAUCACCGUCCCAGAGGUCCAGAACGUCACCGUCUGGGCUAAGAUCGCCAACGAGUCCCAGUGGUGGAACCAGACCAUGAACUACACCAUGGUGAUGAACGUGACCUACGCCCCCGAGAAGAACCUGACCAUGGAGUGGCGCUACCUGAACGUCACCUGCAACAGGACCCAGACCCAGAACUACACCAUGCUGGCCAACCUCACCGUGUCCAACAUGACCUACGCCUGGUCUUCCUCCGUCAACCGCACCCUGAACUCCACCGGCAACUUCACCGCCAACGUCAACGUCACCUACUACUGGGACCCCGUGACCCCCAUCCUUGACUGGCUGAAGCCCGAGUACCAGGUCAAGCCCGAGAACAUCUCCGUCCUGGCCCUGCGCUACGCCUACCUCAACAAGUCCUCCGACAACGAGACCGUCUGGGAGAGCCAGAUGAACCUUACCUACCCCUUCCAGAACAUCACCUUCCUGGCUCGCGUCUGGAACAACACCGCCAACUACUCCGCCUCCGCCAACCUGACCUGGCUCACCCCGGCUAACGAGACCCGCUUCAUCAACGUGUCCCACCAGCUGCUGAACUCCAGCAUCGAUAGCCUCACCAACUUCACCUAUAUCUUCAACGUCUCCUCUGUCGAGAGGUUCCUGUGCAUCAACGCCAGCUGGAUCAACAGCACCCAGGAGUACAACUCCACCCUGAACGUGACCCUGUUCAUGCUGAACAGCACCAUGUACAACAUGUCCUUCUACAACUGGACCGCCGCCCUGUCCAUGAGGAACGUCUCCCAGGAGAGUCCCGAGCCCAACACCAACAAGUGGUACUACGAGCCCAACAGCGGGAAGUACAUCCGCAAGCCCCAGCCCGAUGUCUGGCAGGUCAAGCUGAACCUCACCUACCCCAGCUUCUUCAACCAGAGCUCCCAGAACUUCACCCUCAGCGCCCGCGUCGUCAACGCCACCCACGAGCAGGGCCGCAACUACACCAUCGUGAGCAACAUCACCGUGCCCGAGUUCAAGAUCAACGCCACCCACAACAUGACCCUGAUCAACAAGACCCAGGGCGUCGAGUUCUACUGGAACGCCACCGCCUGCGCCAACCUGACCCUGCUGCAGAACGUCACCAUCUUCAACACCUCCCUGUGGAACAUCACCAGGCUGAACCGCACCUCCCCCUACCAGCUGCAGAACGCCACCUGGACCGGCAAGCUCAACUACACCUUCCCCAGGAACGAGACCAUCCAGAUCCCUCUGCCCGUCAUCGGCAACCUGUCUCUGAGCAACGUGAGCUCUCUGUUUGAGAACAUCACCAUGCCCGUCUACCUGGCCAGCUACAAGCUGCCCUUCCAGAUCUUCGGCUUCGAGUCCAUCCCCUGGCUGAGGCAGGUUAACGAGAGCAUGAUCGUCCGUCUGCUGAACAUCUCCUACUUCGAGCCCAAGUUCCUGGAGGAGCUGGAGCCCAUCGUCGGCAAGAUCGAGAUCCCCCUGCCCAAGAUGCAGAUCAUCCCCAGGCCCAUCCUGCGCCUCAUCAACUACACCCUGCCCAACAUGACCAUCCCUAAGAACAUCAGCCUGCCGUGCCUGGGUAACCUGACGUACGAGAUGAACCUGACCAGCCCCAUCUACAACGUCACCGUCAACAGUACCGUGCAGAACGUCACCGUGGCACGUAACGUCUCCAUCCUCAACGCCUUCGUCAACGUCACCUCCAACUCCUCCAUGGAGUUCCUCAACUUCACCAUGCAGGGUGUCCUGAACGCCACCCACCUGAACAACCUGACCGAGGUGAACGUGACCUCCAGGCUGAACCUGACCCACCCUGACCUGACCGUGAACGUGACCCUGAACACCACCGGCCUCAACAUCACCGGCAUGAACGUCACCAACCUCAACAGCACCUUCCUGGUCAACAUCACGGCUCCCCAGUGGGUGAACGUCACCUUCAACGUGACCGCCCGUAACGACACCCUGUACGCCAACCUGACCAUCCCCACCUUCAACAGCUCCAUCGCUCUGCUCGGCCAGCUGCCCAACAAGACUCGUCUCAACGUCACCCUCUACGUUAAGAACAUCACCCGUGACAUCAACGAGACCGUUCUGUCCUGGUACGUGACCCUGAACGAGACCUCCAUGCUGUACUCCAACCUGACCUGGAACCUGACCGCUCUGAACUCCACCAUGAACCUGACCCGCGCCGUGGAGCAGUUCUGGAACAUCACCCGUAACCAGACCCACCCCAUCAACAAGUACGCCGUCCAGUACCUCAACAAGACCGUCGCUGAGUGUCUGAACACCACCAUGAACUACACCAUGACCCUGGUGAACUCCACCGUGAACUACACCUACGAGCUGGUCCAGAACCUGACCGUCGGCACUCCCCUCUUCAACGUCACCUUCAACGGCACCGACAUGAUCCGUAACAUCACCAACAUGAUCACCUACAACACCACCGAGUUCUUCAACAGGACUCUGCCCGCCUGGAUGACCAACUUCUACAAGUACGAGCCCAUCACCCAGAUGAUCGUGAACUACACCAUCAACGCGACCAUCCCCCAGAACCUGACCAUCACCAACGCCUCCAUCAACGCCCUGUCCUACUUCCUCUUCAAUGGGUACCAGUUCAACAACAACUCCAUCUGCGUCAACCUGACCCACAACAUGAACUGGACCAGCUUCUACGAGCUGCCCAAGUUCCAGAACCAGACCUACCGCAACAGGACCUACACCGAGAGCAUCGUCACCGCCUUCUACGACAUGAUCUUCACCAGGCCCGUCUACAAGACCCUCAACAUGUACACCACCAAGACCGGCAUGAUCUUCGGCAAGAACCACGUGUACACCUUCGACGGCCGCAUGUACGCCGUGCCCGAGUACAAGAACGAGGACUGCAUGUACGUCAUGGCCCGCGACUUCCUGGACAAGAACUUCACCAUCCUCAGCAGCCCCGAGUCCGUCACCAUCAAGCUGAGGGAGCUCGUCGUCAAGAUCGCUGGAGACAGCAAGGUCUACAUCGAUGGCACCAGCCAGCCCUCCGAGCUGCCCUACCAGACCCCCGAGAAGAACGUGACCAUCACCCGCACCGGCGUCUUCGUCAACGUGACCACCCGCUACGGCAUCAGCGUCAUCUGCGACUCCGUCAACCAGCUCUGCGCCUUCAACAUCUCCGGCCAGUACCACAACAAGACCCUGGGUCUGCUCGGCACCAGCGACAACGAGCCUUCCACCGACUUCCGCCGCCCCGACGGCACCAACACCUCCAACGUCGCCGUGUUCCUGAACUCCUACGAGGUCACCGGCUACAAGACCUGCAAGCUGAGCCCCAGGCAGCAGUACAACAAGGUCGCCAAGGUCAAGCUGAGCAAGGUGAACCCCAUCUGCCGCGAGCUCCUUUGGGAGAAGAACACCAGCUCCCCCUACGCCAAGUGCUUCAAGACCGUCGACCCCGAGCCCUUCCGCGAGGCCUGCGAGUACGACUCUAAGUACUCUCAGGAGCAGACCGCCUACUGCUCCACCAUCGGCGCUUACGUCAACAUGUGCCAGUUCAAGGGCAUCUUCAUCAACCAGACUGCUGAGUGCACUGUUUGCGAGAAGACCAAGAAGCUGAACGACACCUGGUGGCAGAAGAGCAAGCCAACCGCCGACAUCGUCCUGAUCGUCUCCGAGAACAUCCAGCUCACCAAGAGGAACAACCCCGAGCACCAGCUCAAGAAGCUCGUCCAGGAGCUCAACAAGAAGAUGUCUUACGAGGACAUCCGCGUGGCCGUUGUCGGCUUCGGCGGCAAGGACGUCCACGAGGCCGCCCACGUGCACACCAUCGACGGCGAGCUGUUCGGCCAGCUGAAGAUCAACGAGGUCAACAAGGCUCUGAAGGAGCUCGAGUUCGAGGGCAAGAAGACCACCAACGCCAUGGAGGCCAUCCGCAUGGCCGCCCAGUACCCCUUCCGCCCCGAGGCCUCCAAGAUCUUCCUGCUCAUCACUGAGGAGGACAAGGUCCAGAAGAACCCCGAGGAGAUCCGUGAGAUCAAGAGGAUCCUUGCCGAGCAGUCCAUCACCCUGAACGUCUUCUCCAGCUACAAGGAGAUCAAGAAGUCCAAGGUCGACGAGAUCUUCGGCAUCAAGUACAACCUGGACAUCAUUACCGACAAGAAGGUGCCCAAGAAGCACUCCAUCUCCGGCCUCGUCAAGCUGCCCAAGGGCGUCUACGUCGAGCUCUGCACCGCCACCAAGGGCUCCAUCUUCUCCGUGGACCUCCUGCUGGAGGGCGAGCACAGGCUGCUGAAGCAGGUGUCUGACGUGGUUGUCGAGCAGGUUGAGUCCCAGAUCGGCACCGAGAAGAUCUGCAAGUGCUACCAGGGCCCCGCCGGCGAGGGCAUCACCAAGUGCAAGGUCGUUCCCGUCCCCUUCUAUUAAACUGGACCAAAAAAACUUCCAGAACAACCACCAUGAAUGACGACCAAUGACGCUGCUACGUCCACAUUUGUUUUCUGAUGUAUGAUUUUUUUAUUUAAAAAAGUGAUCCUUUUUACCAAGUUCAAGUGUUCAUAGAUAGCUUUGUAUAACUAUGUUGCAAGAACAUAUUGUUUCCAUAAGAAAAGAUAUUAUUAAAUAUUGGAAUUGUUCAUUUGCAAA